CCUAACGAAGGUCACCGACUUAAAUCAUGAGUUCCGAAGUGAUAAAAGCAGACCAGCAUGAUACAUCAAAGGCCGAAAGAGCGGCUAAAACAUUGAAGAAGAGAGGUGAACCAACUCCUGUAAAAGGGUUGACUACCCGGCCAGCUAGCUCCGUCUCUAUCGCCCAGUCAAUGGUGACACCUCACUCCAGAAAGGGGAUGGAACCAGUGAUGGAAAAUACCUAUCAAACAACUCCCACAAAGAAGUUCCCUGAAGGAAACAUUCGGAAUAUAAUGAAGGAGGUAUUAAUCGAGAAUUUGGCUGACGUAAAUUAUGACCCUAAUACUUGUCGACAAUUGACCAAGACGAUAUCCGAGACCUUAAAGAACCGGGUGAAAGAGUUAAGUGUGCAGAGGUACAAGAUUAUCUGCUUGGUUCAUAUUGGACAGCUCGGCAAACAAGCUAUGAGAAUCGGGAGCCGAUGUUUGUGGGACGCCAACUUUGAUACUUACACCACGUACGAGUUCAAGAAUGGUUCGUUGUUUGGCGUUGCUACGGUUUAUGGUGUAUACUUUGAGUAAGAAAAUGAGGCCUCAACUGAGAACCAUUAGAACUUUUUAUUUCAAGAAGGUAGAAAAGUACUUAAUUUGAAAGAGAGAGUUUAAUCAACAGAUUGAUUUAAGGUUAUAUAUUAUCAAUCGUUAAACAAAGCCACGCUUCGUAGUCAAUAACAACAGGGCGCCAAAGUGCGCCGUUUUGUUUUCGGUUAUGUAGAAAUUAUUUUGCUGUUUGUGUAAAAAAUAUGUUUAAUUUUAUUUAGAUAUAGAGACGUUCGGGUCUACAUCUUAGAACAUCCAUCAUUACGGACAGAGAGUGCUGAGUCAAAAAUAGGAAACAAAAGUUGUGUCUUGGUUUUUCCUGUCACGUGACUAAACCAUAUGGUUAGGUCAAAAUGGAUUUAUAAUUGCUUUAGCUUUUGUGCGAUAUUUAUUUUAAAUGCGAAGGGAUUUCAUCUCGUGAUAACCAACAGAGAUAAUUUUUGAGGUUUUUAUUUAUAAAAAUCUUGUAGCUUGACCACAAGACUAACAAAGUGAGAAUUGCAUCUGAUGACAUUUUCAACUCAUCUCGCUGCAAGAUCUCUUUACUCUGAUAAUGGCAAUGGGGGUUGAAGCGGUUUUGAUGUACGUGAUGUAAUCAUCAUCAACAGAGGCUAAGACAAAAAAAACCUUUAACUUGAUCAGUUCAAGAAUUUCCAUUGACCAACCUUCAAAGUGAUCAUGUUUUAGUCUAGUUAUAUGAUCAACUGAUCUCUCGCUUCAAGUUUUCUUUACUAGAUAGCAGUAGGGAAUUUUUUAUUGUAGGUAUUACAAUAAAAAGGUUUGUGGGUA